AUGCUUUGCCGGUCUAAGAAGAACCGCAAUGUCAAGGGUACAGUAGCUUUUCUGGAUUCAACACCACCGCCGAUGCCAUCAUUCUUGGCCAUGGAUGUCCUCCAUACGUGCGACCGUGCACCCAAGACAGGCAGAUGGACAUGUCAACAGUUGACUGGGAAUCCCAAUCAACCAUCUCACGAAGGUGUUCAUGAUUUCAGUCAAGUGGUCAAGAAGAUUUCAAACCCCACACCCACACCCACACCCCUUUCUAAAUUCAUCAACCAUCCUCGUGGUGCAAGCCAUGCUGGAGGCUUCAGCCUCCAGAACAAACUGGCUGGGAUGGACGGAAAACGAAACUGCACGCACGUUUUGGAGUACACCCCCUGUUUCCCCCACACCCACCCCUUCGAGUGGCAUCUCGCUGUGCUAUUGUUGGAACAGGUUCUCCGAAGAGGCACCACUGCUCCUACAUCUCACUGGCAUCAAGGAGUAUGGCACGCCGAAGACGCAAAGCGAACACCGGGGAAGACAAUCUUCCAUCUAAUAGCUGACGGUCAUUCUUCGCUGGUUGGGCCUGACAAUUUGUUGGAAUCAGGCAGGACGAUGAGCCCGCUUUCUCUUCGUUUUUUCUCCCCCCUUUGGUGUCGUGAAGACUGUAAGCUAUCAUAA